CUGUAUUGUGUGAGAGAUAUAUAUGUGUGAGAGAAGGAUUUGUAGAGAGAGGAAAGACAGGGGAGAGAGAUGGGGAUGGAAGAGAUCGAAGGAGAGGAGGAAUAUCUGUUUCGGAAGAGGCUGAAGUGCGGCGGUGAAGUGGACGAUAUGGAGGAGGACGGCGAAACGGAAGUGCCUACGCUGGCGCCUGACCGGUUGUUCUACUCGCCAGCGGCUGUGCCGACGGCGAUCGUCGUUUCCGAUGCGAUGGAGCCGGAUUUUCCGGUGAUAUAUGUCAACACCGUGUUUGAAUACUCUACUGGAUUUCGCGCGGACGAAGUCCUCGGUCGGAACUGUCGGUUCCUGCAAUUCAGAGAUCCACGAGCGAAGAGACGGCAUCCAUUGGUAGAUCCCGUAGUUGUUUCUGAGAUCAGAAGAUGUCUUGAGGAAGGCAUUCAGUUUCAAGGGGAGCUUCUCAAUUUCAGGAAAGAUGGAACGCCAUUAGUGAACCGACUAAGGCUCACACCGCUGCACGGUGAUGAUGGAAUGGUCACACAUGUUAUAGGUAUCCAAAUAUUCUCCGAAGCAAAACUAGACCUAAAUAACGUGUCCUAUCCAGUUUUCAAAGAAACUUGUCGCCCCCAAAGUGACAAGUCGGUUGAAUUCUAUGCGGUGAGCAGGCACUUAACACAAACUCAAUUCCAACAAGUAUGUGGACUUCUUCAGCUGUCUGAUGAAGUCAUUGCUCAAAACAUUCUAUCCCGGUUAGCUCCACGGGAUGUUGCAUCCGUCGGGUCCGUCUGCAGAAGGAUCCGCCAAUUGACGAAGAACGAGCAUGUGAGGAAAAUGGUGUGUCAAAAUGCUUGGGGUCGAGAUGUAACUGGCGCCCUGGAGUUGAUGACUAAGAAGUUGGGAUGGGGACGUCUGGCUCGGGAACUCACCACUUUAGAAGCAAUCUGUUGGAAGAAACUGACAGUCGGAGGCGCAGUGGAGCCUUCGAGGUGCAACUUCAGUGCCUGCGCUGCUGGGAACCGUCUGGUCCUGUUUGGAGGAGAAGGGGUCAAUAUGCAGCCGAUGGACGACACAUUUGUACUCAACCUCGAUGCAGCGAAUCCAGAGUGGCGUCGAGUCAGCGUUGGAUCUUCACCCCCCGGCCGGUGGGGCCACACAUUGUCGUGCUUGAACGGUUCUUGGUUAGUUGUCUUUGGCGGGUGCGGCAGGCAAGGGUUGUUGAACGAUGUCUUUGUCCUCGACUUGGAUGCCAAGCAGCCGACGUGGAAAGAAGUCUCGGGUGGUGCUCCCCCACUGCCUCGAUCGUGGCACAGUUCUUGUACCCUCGAGGGAUCGAAGCUGGUUGUCUCGGGCGGAUGCACCGACGCAGGGGUGCUCCUCAGCGACAUGUAUUUACUCGAUCUGAACAUGGAGAAUCCCAUGUGGAAAGAGAUUCCAACGUCGUGGACUCCUCCGUCCCGACUGGGCCACUCCCUCUCUGUAUAUGGCCGGACAAAGAUACUCAUGUUUGGCGGGCUCGCUAAAACCGGGCACCUGCAGCUGCGGUCAGGGGAGGCUUACACUAUUGAUCUUGAAAACGAGCAGCCGCAAUGGAGGCAGCUCGAGUGUGGAGCCUUGACCGGGAUGGGCGGUCAGAAUGCGGUGGUUCCGCCACCGAGACUCGACCAUGUAGCUGUGACAAUGCCGUGCGGGAGGAUCAUAGUCUUUGGCGGGUCGAUAGCCGGGCUGCACUCCCCUUCGCAGCUGUUUCUUUUGGACCCUGGCGAAGAGAAGCCGUCGUGGAGGACACUGAAUGUCCCGGGGCAGCCGCCGAAGUUCGCUUGGGGGCAUAGCACGUGCAUUGUGGGAGGAACACGUGUGUUGGUUCUGGGAGGACAUACAGGAGAAGAAUGGGUUCUGAAUGAAUUGCAUGAACUGUGUUUGGCAAGUAGGCAGGAUUCCGAUCCAUGACCGGACCGGGAUGGAGGUGUGUCUGUCUUUGAGCGCCUUUUAUUUUUGUUGUUCUGUACGGUACGGGUAAGUAGGAUGGAUAUCUGUAUAUGUAUGUGAUGUAUUUACGUGUGGCGGGUUGUGACCCUUAGUUUUGUAGGCAUGUUAUUAGCCUUUUCUUUCGUGUCGCAUUUAUUACAUUUUGUUGUGUAUGUUGUUAUGUAUGGAUUUGUAAUGCUAACUUGGGGAUUUGGAAUUA